AAAAUAACGGAUAUCUAAAUAUUUGAGGAAUUUUAAUUUUUCAAAAUGGAGUAUAUCAUUAAAAGUGACUUUAACUAUCAUUUAAUUAUCAUUAUUCAAUGCCAAUAUUCAUGAAAAAGUGUUUCUAUUGAUUGCCUGCGCAAAAAUUCAAAUUUCCUCCCUUAGUAACAAUUGUAGCAAAAUUGGAUCGAUCGACAGUUGGCGGUACUGAUCAGUAAAUUGAAUCGUACUUCGAAAUCUCUUACGCUCGAACGGUGCAGAUUUCCUUUUUUUAUCCGUUUUUACUCGAUUCGAUUUGAACCAACGCAUUGAUCCUUAGACAUGUCCUUCAUAUAUAGGCAGGAAAUAAGAUCGCUGCAGGACGGCAUGCCGAACACUUUCGUGAUCGGCGUGAUUAUAAAUAGCACGAACAUAAAAACGUUCGAUACGACUCGGACUAAAUUCAGCAAUGGCGAACGUAGUGUAUGGUCGUUCACUUUGCGCGAUACCGAGGAGGACUUUAUUAACGUCACCGUCUGGGGCAGUACAGAAUUUAUAAAAAAAUUAUCGUCCACGUUUAAUAUUGGCUCCGUAGUGGAAGUGAUAAGCGCAAAAAUUGUGAGACGCCAACCCAAUGAUAGAAAUGAACAAUUUAUGCCAUCGACUUCCAGCCCUUUCGCUCUGAUUGUAAAUGAAGGUGCGGCUCUUAUACAAAAACACGAUGCGCCAACUCAUGAACAGUAUAAGAAUUUGUUGACGCGACCUGUGAAAAGUGUGACUUCCGCGAAAAGCCUAAAAGUGAUUCUGGACAACAUAGAAGCUCUGUGUGAUCGCUUUGUUGAUCUUCUUGUUGUUGUUACAUUUAUCGGUGACACCCGUAAUUUAAUUACACGAGACGGACGAGCAUUGACGUGUCGCAAUUUCGAAAUCGCAGAUGGAUCGACGGAUAAUACAGUGUCGUUGAUGUUGUGGAAUAAAGAUUGGAUCGAGAGAUCUGCGUUUUGGGAACCGAAGAAAACAAUAUUAUUCUUGAUCGACGCUCGCAUCGCAUACGAUGAGUAUAAGAAGAAAACUGUGUUAAGCAUCUCAAGACGAACGUUGAUCACGGAAUGUGUGGAUGUACCUCAAGCUUUAGAUAUCAUGAAUGCAGUGCAACAUUAUGAUCUUGACUCUAUAUGCAGUGAUUCGUUCGCUGUACCAAAUCCGGAUACUAUCACGACUAUAAUGACGGUACAACAAAUCACGGAGAAAUUACACAAAAAAGCAACUGCAGACGGUGAAAGAUUGCAAUUUGCGGCGAUCGUGAAAGCAUCGGUAACUGAGAUAAAUCUGGAUGGACCACUCAAAGACAUAAUAUCUAUAAAAUGUGCUCUUUGUAAAAAGAUCAUUGCAGAUGUGCAAGAUUCUUGUAUGAACUUAAAUUGUCCGUCGGGCAAUGGGAUCCGGACACCAUUAAAUGUCAUAAAGUUUAACAUAAAAAUCAAUUUAAAGGACGAUACUGGGUAUCUCAUCGGAUGUCGUUUAAUCGGCGACAACGCGGAACGAAUUUUAGGUUGCACAGUUGAAGAAUUUCAAGCAAUGACGGUAGAAAAGCGCAGUGAAAUGAAGUGGCAGUAUCUAUUAGAAAAAUGCGAUGUUCGCCUGCAUAUUCUCGGGCCGACGUCUAUCUUCCCGCGUGCCUUAUACAACGUCUUAUCUAUUCAAUUGUGUGUAGAUAAAGAAAUAGAACAAGCUCUCGAGCUUGUAACCACAUCCGAAUAUUAAGUAUUAAACGCAGAUCUCUGAUUUGAAUACAUAAUUUUUCAUAAUAAUAAU